AAACGAGCCACGGCACAACACCCUUUCCACGGUUUACAGACGAGGUCCAAAACCCUAGGACUCCCUACCUUCGUAUCUGCUUCUCCGAUCCGUCCAUCCAUCGUUCAGUUAGUCAAUCAAUCGAUCGCUCAAUGGCCGACGAAGCAGCAUCCACUCCUCCGUCGGCGUCGGCUGCACCGCUGGGAUCUUCGGUUAUACCCAUAGUGAACAAACUACAGGACAUAUUCGCCAAUCUUGGGAGCCGUUCAACAAUAGAGCUGCCGCAGGUGGCGGUGGUUGGGAGUCAGAGCAGCGGAAAGUCCAGUGUCCUCGAGGCACUCGUCGGCCGUGAUUUCCUUCCUCGCGGCUCUGAUAUCUGCACUCGCCGUCCACUCGUGCUGCAGCUCAUCCAGGGCAAGGAGUCGGAUGGGGAGUAUGGAGAGUUCCUUCACUUGCCUGGCAAGCGCUUCUACGACUUCUCAGAGAUCCGCAGGGAAAUUCAGGCUGAGACAGAUAGAGAAGCAGGAGGUAACAAAGGUGUGUCUGACAAGCAGAUUCGAUUGAAAAUCUACUCACCAAAUGUUCUUGAUAUCACUCUUGUUGAUCUGCCUGGUAUAACAAAGGUUCCAGUGGGUGACCAGCCCUCUGACAUUGAAGCUCGAAUUAGAACAAUGAUCAUGUCUUACAUCAAACAGCCUAGCUGUCUGAUUCUAGCUGUUACACCAGCUAAUUCGGAUUUGGCAAACUCCGAUGCUCUUCAAAUUGCAGGAAAUGCUGAUCCUGAUGGUUAUAGAACCAUUGGCAUUAUCACAAAGUUGGAUAUUAUGGACAGAGGUACCGAUGCACAUAAUCUGUUGCUUGGGAAAGUGAUUCCCCUUCGACUUGGUUAUGUAGGUGUUGUGAAUCGUAGUCAGGAGGAUAUUCUGCUCAAUCGCAGUAUCAAGGAUGCACUUAUAGCUGAGGAGAAGUUCUUUCGUAGUCGUCCUGUGUACAAUGGCAUUGCAGAUCGUUGUGGUGUCCCACAGUUGGCAAAGAAGUUGAACCAGAUUUUAGUACAACAUAUCAAAACAAUUCUUCCAGGGCUGAAGUCACGUAUUAGUUCUCUUCUUGUUUCUGUAGCCAAGGAGCAUGCUAGCUUUGGAGAAAUCACAGAAUCGAAGGCUGGCCAAGGAGCUCUUCUCUUAAAUAUUCUUUCAAAAUACUGUGAAGCAUUUUCAUCAAUGUUAGAGGGGAAAAAUGAAGAAAUGUCUACAUCUGAGCUUUCUGGUGGAGCACGGAUUCACUACAUUUUCCAAUCCAUCUUUGUUAAGAGUUUAGAGGAGGUUGAUCCGUGUGAGGACUUGACUGACGAUGACAUUCGAACUGCAAUUCAGAAUGCAACUGGUCCUAGAUCUGCAUUGUUUGUACCAGAAGUCCCAUUUGAAGUACUUGUUCGAAGGCAGAUUGCUCGUUUGCUAGAUCCAAGCCUUCAGUGUGCCAGGUUCAUAUAUGAUGAAUUAAUAAAGAUUAGCCAUCGUUGUAUGGUCAAUGAACUUCAGCGGUUUCCUGUCCUAAGAAAACGCAUGGAUGAAGUCAUUGGAAACUUCUUGCGGGAAGGGCUUGAACCAUCAGAGACAAUGAUAGGGCAUAUUAUUGAAAUGGAGAUGGACUACAUAAAUACAUCCCACACUAAUUUUGUUGGUGGGAGCAAGGCAGUAGAGAUUGCAAUGCAGCAGGUCAAGUCUUCUAGAGUUCCUGUGCCUAUUUCCAGAUCAAAGGAUGGAGUGGAGCCUGACAAGGCACCAGCUUCUGAAAGAAGUUUGAAAUCUAGAGCUAUUCUUGCAAGACAAGCUAAUGGAACUGUAGCUGAACAGGGAAUUCGGCCUGGGGCUGAUGUUGACAAAGUUCCAUCUUCUGGAAACACAAGUGGUUCAAGUUGGGGUAUUUCAUCAAUAUUUGGUGGCAGUGAUAAUCGUGCUUCUGUUAAGGAGACCACAAGCAGUAAACAAUAUAGUGAACCUGUUCAUGCAAAUGCAGUUGAACAAUCAUUCUCUAUGAUUCAUUUGAGGGAGCCUCCAACUGUCUUGAAGCCCUCAGAAAGCCAUUCUGAACAAGAGUCUGUUGAAAUUUUUGUUACAAAAUUGCUGUUAAAAUCAUACUAUGACAUUGUUCGGAAGAAUAUAGAGGACUCUGUACCUAAAGCAAUUAUGCACUUCUUGGUGAACCAUACAAAACGUGAAUUGCAUAAUGUCUUCAUCAAAAAGCUGUACAGAGAGAACCUAUUUGAAGAAAUGUUACAGGAGCCUGAGGAGAUUGCAAUGAAGAGAAAACACAAUAGAGAAAUGCUACGGGCUCUUCAACAAGCUUUCCGGACACUUGAUGAGUUGCCUUUGGAAGCUGAAACAGUAGAGAGGGGUUACAGUUUGGGGUCAGAUCCAACUGGUCUACCAAGGAUCCAUGGUCUGCCGACAUCAUCAAUGUAUUCCACAAGCAGUGGUUCCACUGAUUCCUACACAGCCUCUCCUAAAAACCCAAAAUCACGAAAGUCAUCUCAUUCUGGAGAGCUACAAUCACCUUAUGCCAAUGCAGAUUCUAAUGGAAGUGGGCGUCAUUACACGCCUGGUCUCUAUCCAACGGUUGAUCUGUGAGCCAUUUGAAUAUGAAUGUUGAUCUAUUUAAUUAGCAUUCAUUGGUUUGCUGUCCGAUUUCUCAUUAAAGAAGAUCAUUAGAAUCACAACACCAGAGCUGUUUCAUUACAACAUUGAUGAUACCAUCUACAGUUAGAUAUCCGCAAGUCGGAUAUCGUGCAUUCGCCUUUUUGCUUCAUAUAUGUGUUUACUUUGUUCUUAAUGAUAUAGGGUUAAGAUUUGCUUGCAAGCUCCAUAAAGCAUAAGUGGGAGCUUUUUACCUGUACCUUAUGCUAGAAAUAAUUUUUCUUCACCUCUUUCUCUAUGAUCAUUUUUGUCGAACCUUUAAGCAUAUUUGUUGACAUUAUUCCAGUGUACCAUGCUUCAACGUAUUCCAGUCCAGUCUUAUGCUGCUUUUGUUCACGGCAUUUUGCUUUUUAAAGAGUUGAGUGUACCUAUUCCAGAACUCAAGGAUAUGUGUAAUGAAAAGGCAAAAAGUUC